UACCGUGUUAUACGGGGAUUACCUGUACAACCACCACAAGUGUCAUGCAAUGUUUCUUCCAUUUAAGACAGAACUAACGCUAAUGUUUUGAAACUACGCUCAUUCAAUAUUACUAAUAUAUUAAACAUUUUCAUUCUCUUUCAGGUGUAAAUACAAUGAACAUUAUAUUAUCAUAUGUGGCUUUCACAUAUAUAUGUAACGACAAAGUAUUUAGAGACAUACCGUAUUUACUUAAUCAAAAAGGGGUAGUCACAAAAGUGUCUUGUUACAAAGCAUGGAGUCCAAUAUACGUCGGAACAGUUUGGAUCAGAUUACAAUAUGCACCUACAUUUUGGUCUCAGAUGCAUCCUGUUAAUACACGAAUAAACGCUUCUUCUACUGUUAAAGUUGAAGACAAAAUGUUGAAAAUCUGUCUUAAUCUGGAAAGUUGUCAAUCUUAUCCAUAUAAAUUUAAGUACGUAACAAAGAUACAUAGAAACAUUACUGUGAAUAUAACUACAGAAUAUUUGAAUAAUGUAUUUGGUGUAGACAAUGAGACAGGACUUCUUAAAGGCGAAACAAUUACCGUAAAGAUCUUCAAUUUGUUAAAAGAGAAAUAUGAUUUUCGGUUUGUUGAUGAAAAUUCUCUUUACUUUUUUCGCAAUAAUAACAAUAUGUAUCCUAAUAGUUGUAUUUUUGCUUUAAUAGUAUUGUUUAUGUACCGGUACACUGGUAUACGGUAAGUGAAGUUAUAUUCAUUUCGGUAAGAUGUAUUACAGGAUAUGGUAAAUAUUUCCAGAGACGAAUAUAUGUGGUAAUACACGGAUAAAAGUCUAUAUUAAUCUAUGUUUGUUUAAUGGUAUUAACAAAGAUAUUGCUUUGUGAAUUACAUUUGUUUGAUAUGCUUCGUGGACUUUCUACACUUCUUGUUAGAAAUUAUCCCUGAAAAUGUUUACCAUUUACUUAAUACAUUCUGUAUUCAAUAGCAUUUAUUACAGAACAUUUACGCAAAGAAGUGACAAGUCAAAUGAUUGUUUUCUCGCAAGAUUAUUUGAAAUUUAAUUCCUUCGCAGUGAUAUCAUAGAACUACGCCUUGCACUCCGUAUAUAUAGUUGAUUAUUGUACAAAACAGCAGUGAAAAUGAGAAAUGAUGUUUACUAAAUAUCAUAAAAUAAAGCAUUCUAUUAUCUACACCAAAUUCGACAAGAUUUUUCAUAGUCAAUAAUGACAAGGAAUACAUUCUUGAUCGUAUUUACCCAUUCACAUAUAAUAUAUAAAAUGCCAAAAAGCUAUUGAAAUAACGUUUUUUCAUUAACACAGUAUUGAUAACAAAUUCUUCAAUAUCAAAAGUGUUUCAUUCGAAACAAAUUUUUAUAUACAUUAUCUGGGUGGAAGAUGUUUUAUAUAGCAAUGUCAAAAAUAUUCAACUAAAUCGUACACCUUUCAUUUAAAAAUUUUGCAUGCUUUAAAAUUUUCUAAUUAAUUAAUUAAUCAGUUUAUUUCCUAUAUAAUGAUCUUGUUUAUUAUUUAAAAUGACAAAGGUUCUAAAAAUUCCUUGUGACAUAUCCGAAAACUAUUACAAAAUCAUUCCUUCUGCUAUAUGUGAAAUUUCUGUGAUUUUUGUUAUCAAAGCGGCCGAACCAUUAGACAAAUCCAUUGCUCUACUCAAGCCUUUCAGUCUUGUGGUAUGGAUAUUUGUUGGAGUAUCGAUUCUGUUCUUAACUCUCAGUUUAUUUCUGCUGUUUUCUUCAGAAGCGAAGAUAAAAGCUAUGAAUGCUCCAAAAUUUUUUAACGUAUUUUGGAUUGUAGUGCGUUGUUUUCUUCGUCAAGAUAUUGAAAUAGAAUCCAUCAGAUUGAAGACAAAGUAUAUGAUUUUUGGAAUUUGGAUGUUAAUGGCAUUCGUUUUGUCUUCGGGAUAUUUGGGCAUUCUUCCUUCCUUCUUGAUAUUUCCAGGAGAAGAAGUGAUUCCGCAUAAUUUUGUUCAAUUGUUCGAAGCCGUUAAGCAGGAAAAGUAUCAAAUAGAUAGUAUCGAGGGUUCUACGGCUAGUUUAUUCAUUUGGAAAAUAGUUUUCAACGAACACAAAAAUAAAAUGUAUGAAUUUGCGCAAUCGCACUUUCUUGAUAAUGGAUGGGAUACGUUAGAAACUGCUUCAGACGGAUUACAAAGCGUUUUAUACAAGAAAACUUGUCUGCUCGCUUCUACAAUUGAUAUCAAAAAGGAAAUUCAGGCAUUCGGCCCUGAAAAGUUCUUCGUAUCCACUGAUAUCUUAUACACCGAAUACGAUUAUUUAUGUAUGGAGAAACCAUUUCUAUACAUACAUGAGUUUCAAAAAGCGAUAAAUAUCAUUCAUCAAUCCGGAAUUGCUGACAAGCUGCAAAACGACCAGGACGAAGACGUUCGAAGAAAAAGGGAAUUUUACGAACCGCUUGAGGCAAAUAAAGACGAUUCAUUAAAAUUAGAACACGUCAUAGGUCCCAUAUAUUUAUUGCUGGUUGGUUAUUUGCUUUCGACUUUAAUAUUCAUCAUGGAACUUGUGUUUUAUUACGGAAAAAACUGUUUAUCUCGUAGAAAGUUAUAGAAUUUUAGAAAUUCUUUGUGUUUA